AAGAAAAAGAAAAAAAAGAAGGUCGGUGGCUCGCCGGGGUCGCACACUCCACGGGUCCGGGGAGAAUCGGGUUAGGGUUAGGUCAGCUCCCAGGAGACUCCCGUUGGCCGAUUGGCACCGUCUUCAUCGGAAUGAAACCCUUCCCCUCCCGUCUCCCUUCAUUGUGGAGAUCCCUAAUCCCCAAUCUCUCGAAGCCAUUCCCAUCAUAUUUCGAGAUUGAUGUUUCCACGAGAGAUCUCGAAUGAGAAGAUAUUGUAGGUAAGAUCCGCGAUGGGGCUUUCCCGACGAUGGAGGAGCCGCUACCUCUUCUUUGUCCCUCUCAUUCUCUUCCUCCCUCUCAUCCUCUCAGUCUCGAGGUUGAAUCGGAAUUCGAUCCCAGACCAAGAGCCGACAAGGAGGCUUUCCAAGAAAUCGGAUCAUCUGGUCCUCGGCCCCGCCGCCGGCCAGGGCUUGCCCAACCGCCUCCAGUGCCAUGGCCUUAAAGCUGUGAAUAAGAUCCAUAGCACAAGCAAGGGCCAGAAUCUCCAAUCCAGUGAUGUUGUUUCUUUUGUAACAGUAUACGCUGUCUACAACAGUUCUUUGAAACUCGACUCUACCCACACGGAUGUUGUGAAUGUUGGAAACAUUUCAUACAGUAAAGCAGAACGGUCCGUGGCUAUCCUUAACACGUUCAUCAACUUUAUACAGGUGUCAAUGCCAAGAAGCAGUGUAAUCAUAUUGACAGACCCUGCUUCUGAAUUUUCACUAGAGAGAAAUAACGCAGCAGUAGUACCUAUUCAAGGAGACUAUUCUCGGGGGAAGUUGAUGCUCCAAAGAAUCAGAUCCUACAUUGCAUUUCUGGAAACAAGGCUUGCAGAGCAUUUGGAGAGGCUGAACAGUUCUAAUCAUUAUGUUUUUACUGAUUCUGAUAUUGCAGUGGUUGAUGAUAUUGGACAUAUAUUCCAGAGAUAUCCUCAAUUUCAUCUUGCUCUUACCUUUCGUAACAAUAAAGAUCAACCAUUAAACUCAGGUUUCAUUGCAGUGAGAGGCACUCCAGAUGGAAUUUAUAAGGCAAAGGCCUUUCUACAAGAAGUCCUGGAUGUGUACAGUUCAAAAUAUAUGAAGGCCUCCCGUAUGCUUGGUGAUCAGUUAGCCCUUGCAUGGGUUGUUAGAUCCCAUCUUCCAUUUUCUGCAAAGAAAUUUGCCAGGCAUGAGGCCUUUUCAGGCGAAAUUAAUGGAGCAUCAGUGCUCUUUUUACCUUGUGCUGUUUACAAUUGGACUCCACCUGAGGGAGCUGGGCAGUUUCAUGGCAUGCCUUUGGAUGUACAGAUUGUUCACUUUAAGGGAUCAAGGAAGCGAUUGAUGUUGGAAUCUUGGAACUUCUUCAACUCAACCUCCAUCAUGGCUGAUAUGUUGUGCCUCAUCUUAAAGAGUGGGAGAACAAAAUAUGACUUUUGAAAUGCAGGCUCGCCUCAUUCCCUUAAGCUACCCUCUACCAUAUUCAUUAAAUUUGGUAGAAUUUGAUGCUGUCCUUUCUGACCAAGUGUGCAAUUAUUAAGGGUAGCUGGUCCAUUGGGGUUGGUUUUAUGGUGUUGUUCCUAGCAAUUGUAGCAAGCAAUGAUUCUGAUGGUAUGGUUGCUGCUCCUAUCAGUUGAUUGUUUUUGUAGGUUUUUUUCCAUAUGUGAUUGGGUUAAAUGAUGCGGUUAUAUUCUUCCCGGUUGAAGAAAUCUAACAAAGCAAUGAUGUGAAUGUAUCUUGAAGGCCGAUGAUUUGAAGAAGUCUUGCUUCUGUUGAUGUUUUUGUCCCAGGAAGAUUGAACGCAUAAUCCGGUACUAGGGACGUGUCCUUGUAGGGAGGGACUUAUGAUUUAUAUUAUUGUGGAAUGAGGUUCUUUCUGCAGUAGCCAAUGGUGUCAAUGGUGUAAGGCUGCGAUGUUAUCUGCAGUAGCCACAGCUUGGGAAAGCGAUUCUGGAUCAAAUUAUCUCUCUCCUCUUUUCCCUCC